AUCAUUUUAUGUGAGCGAACAUGGAUGAAAUCGAAAAUAACACAAACAAUUUUUCGGGGCAGGUAGAAACUGUCGAUACGAACGCCGGUACAUCGAAAGGCUGGCAAGUAUUUCAAAUAAUCUUUUGGACGUGGCUGAGUGCAGCGGCUGUCAUCGGGAAUGGCUUGGUGUUGGUUUGUGUUCUACUGAAAAAGCGGCGAAAUUCAUCCACGUUUAAGUUCUAUGGAAGUCUGGCCUUGGGAGAUCUACUCGUAGGGAUAUUUGGCGCCCCUGUGCUUUUGGUGGUGGCAUGUCGCCAGCAAUGGAACAUGGGAUAUGCUCUGUGUAGGGCUUAUUCCACGGUGAUUUCACUUUCUCUCAAUGUGUCAAUCAUGACCUUGUUUCUUAUCAGCUUGGAUCGUUUGAAUGCCGUGUCCAGGCCCUUUCACUACAGAGCCAAGGAAACGUUCACGCAAAAGUGGACUUUGUGGUUCGUUCUUUUCGCCUGGCUGCACUCCAUAUUCUGGGCCUCGGCGCCCUUGGUGGGCUGGGGAGAGAUUAUCAAAGACGAAAUCACCAACACCUGCAAGCCUAACUGGGCAGCGGAGGGGCUCAAAAACACUUUGUACUCCAUGGGAUUAGCAGCGUUUGCGUUUGCUAUCCCAGUGUUGUCAAUGGUAGCCGUGUAUGGUAUUAUUUAUUAUCGCUCCAAAGUAAGCAGUAGGUUCAUGAAAAACCGAGCACAGAGCAAUGUAGAUCAAGACAAUCAGAUCAUUCGUCAAAAACAACAGAGCGCCAUAUUGCGGACUGUCUUAGUUGUCGUUGGUAUGUUCGCGUUUUGCUGGUUGCCUUACACCAUCGCUACAACAUUCAAAUUAUUUUUCCACGAGCCCCCACCGUCAUGGCUGGUUCAUUUAGGUUUUAUGCUGGCUGCUUCGAAUAGCUGUGUUAACCCUGCCAUUUACUCGGCGUUUGAUAAGGGGAUGCGAGAUGAAUUCAAGAGACUUUGCCUCACUUGCCGCGGGAAAAGAGGAAUCUCUGAAGAGGACGGUGUUCGAAGUCGACGAAGCAGCUCGAACCUGGCCACGUAUAACAACACCGUCGCGGUCAGGAUAAGCAAUGAAGCUGUGAACAAGAUCAUUGCCAAGGAAGGCAAAGAAAUGAAUGGCAAAGCAGCGCCAGUUAGAAGGGAACCAAUGACCAAGUCCUACGACGACAUGGUUGAGUUGUUUGUCAAAGACAUCGCUCAAAAACUUCAAACGCACGCUCGAGAAACUUGGGUGUAGAUUGCGUUAUAGCUA